CAGUUAUUCUUUUUGCUUUUUGCUGUUCCUAUCAAGGAAGCCAAGUUCCUUUGUGCCGCUCGUGCGAUGACGGAGUUUUCCCACGACAUCAUCGCAAAAAGUCUAAGCUCCAAUCUUUGCAAGCUUCCAAGGCUUAAACUCAAUCUAUAGCUAUUACCAAUACUGACAACAGAGCUUGCUUCCCUCCAAACAGUUCCCCCAGUAGAGACCAAUUUCAACCUCCGCAUUUGUUCGUCAUAUCUCAAGCUUUGACCAAGUGUUUAAGGCUGAUUCCCCUGUAAAAAAUUGAUAAUUGUAACAAUUCACAGCAACGGCCCACGCUUAUUACUGUAUUUUUCUGCUACUGCCCCGCCCCCUCCAUUGCUCUUCCGCAAUCGCUACUACCCCGCCAAACUUUUUUCCUUUUGGCCUUUCCUUACUCGCCCGAGAGCCCAAUCCAAACCCGAAUGAGACGCCCUCUUCCCACUUACAUCUUUUCUUCUUUUUCUUCCUCGUCCCCUUCUGUCUUUCGUCUUUUUCCCUUUAUCUCUCCCAAAAGCUUCUCUUUUCUAGCCUCCAAGAUGUCCUCCCAGCAGAAGAUCGCCAUCGUCUCGGUCUACGACAAGACCGGUCUUUUGGACCUGGCUAAGGGCCUUGUCCAGCAGAAUGUUCGAAUUCUCGCUUCUGGAGGUACCUCCAAGAUGAUCCGAGAGUCGGGCUUCCCUGUCGAGGACGUCUCUGCCAUCACCAAGGCCCCCGAGAUGCUUGCUGGUCGCGUCAAGACGCUUCACCCUGCCGUUCAUGCAGGUAUCCUGGCCCGUGAUCUCGCCUCCGAUGAGAAGGACCUCGCCGAGCAGAACAUCAACAAGGUCGAUUAUGUCAUCUGCAACCUCUACCCCUUCAAGGAUACCGUCGCCAAGAUCAACGUCAGCAUCCCCGAGGCCGUCGAGGAGAUUGACAUUGGUGGUGUUACCCUUAUCCGUGCUGCCGCCAAGAACCACAAGCGCGUCACUAUCCUCAGCGACCCUAACGACUACGCUGGCUUCCUCAAGGAGCUCGAGAAGGGCGAGAUCACCGAGUCCAGCCGCAACCGAUAUGCCCUCAAGGCUUUCGAGCACACUGCCGACUACGAUGCUGCUAUCUCCCAGUUCUUCCGCAAGGAGUACGCCGGUAACGGCGAACAGUACAGCGCCCUUCGAUAUGGCGCCAACCCUCACCAGAAGCCUGCCGCCGCCUAUGUUUCCGAGGGCAACCUGCCCUUCAAGGUUCUGUGCGGCUCACCCGGUUAUAUCAACCUUCUCGACUCCCUCAACGCCUGGCCUCUGGUCAAGGAGCUCAAGAAGGCUCUUGGCAAGCCUGCUGCCGCCAGCUUCAAGCACGUCUCUCCCGCUGGUGCUGCCAUCGGCCUGCCCCUUACUGAGGACGAGAAGAAGGUCUACUUCGUCCAUGACAUCGAGGGUAUUGAUGAGUCUAGCCUUGCCCAAGCCUAUGCUCGUGCUCGAGGUGCCGACCGCAUGAGCAGCUUUGGCGAUAUGAUCGCUCUCAGUGACGUCGUUGACGUUCCCACUGCACGCAUCAUCUCCAAGGAGGUCUCUGAUGGUGUCAUUGCUCCUGGCUACGAGGAUGCCGCUCUUGAGAUCCUCAAGAAGAAGAAGGGCGGCCGAUACCUUGUUCUUCAAAUCGACCCCGAGUACAACCCUCCUGCUACCGAGACCCGCACCGUAUACGGCAUCAACCUUCAGCAGCACCGCAACGAUGUUGAGAUCACUCCCAAGCAUUUCAGCACAAUCAUUACCCCCAAGGACACUGCUUCUCUCCCCGAGAGCGCAGCUCGCGAUUUGACUAUUGCUACUAUUACUCUUAAGUACACUCAAAGCAACUCCGUGUGCUACGCCUACAACGGCCAGGUCGUUGGCCUCGGUGCUGGCCAACAGUCCCGAAUUCAUUGCACCCGACUUGCCGGUGACAAGGCCGACAACUGGUGGAUGCGCUUCCAUGAGCGUGUCCUUGGCAUUAAGUGGAAGAAGGGUACCAAGCGCCCCGACAAGAGCAACGCCAUUGACCUGCUCGUCAGUGGCCAGCUCCCUAAGGAUGGCCCUGAGCGCGAGGCUUUCGAGGGUGUCUUCGAGGAGGUCCCAGCUGCCUUUACCCCUGAGGAACGUGAGGCUUGGAUGAAGCAGCUUAAGGAUGUUUGCGUUUCCAGCGACGCUUUCUUCCCCUUCAUUGAUAACGUCUUCCGCGUUGCUCAGUCAGGGGCCAAGUAUGUUGCCGCUCCUGGCGGUAGCCAAAACGAUGCCGCCGUCUUCGAUACCGCUGAGAAGCUGGGCAUUACCUUUGUCGAGCAGAACAUUCGUCUGUUCCACCACUAAAUGAUACCUCAUUCAAAGUUUUUGCAAUUUGAUAUGGAAAUGGAAAUGGAAAAGGAAAAGUAAAAACAGGUCUGAAAGGUUUGGCCUGGCAAAGAAGGAUUCCCAGAAAUUGUGAUCUGUACGAUUGCGAUAUUGUAUAUAUGAUAGACUUAACACCGCGCCCAGACGCUCACUUCAACGUGAUG